AAUUUAGACUAUCCAAUUGAUUCCUUUUUUUUUUUCGCUCGAAUGGAUUGAUUCCUGCUGGGGAAAGCGGUGUGGGGCCCUGUAAAGUGGACCCAAAGGCAAAGACGCGAAAGAGCACGCUGCCGUGGACUUUACUUUCUUCUUCUUCUUCGGUUUCAUUACUUCUCCUUCCAACCCACCAACAACUGAAACACUUGGAUCACCCAACCAACCAAAACCAAAACCAAAAAUAAAGAAAAUAGCCAACAAAAAUGGCGUCCACGGAGGGUCUUGUACCUAUAACGAGAACUUUCCUUUCAUCUUACUACGACAAAUACCCUUUCGCUCCUUUAUCCGAUGACGUCUCUCGUCUCUCCUCUCAAAUUCGCUCCAUGGCUAAUGAUUUACUCCGUGACCUUCCCCCCUCUCAAGGUGAAAGCUUAUUAUUACAUGAAUCUGACUCUCCACCACCCCAUAAAAUCGAUGAGAACAUGUGGAAGAAUCGAGAACAUAUUGAAGAGAUUCUCUUCUUACUUGAUACAUCUCAUUGGCCUCCCACGCUCCAACAGCACAAUACUCCUGAUGAUGCUGAACUUGCUGUUAUUCUGGGGCAGAUCAAAUCUAAAUUUCAGAACACUUUGAAAGCUUUAGAAACAUUCCAAGCUACAAAUUCUGAACGCGUGUUCAAUACAGUUAUGACAUACAUGCCUCAAGAUUUUCGAGGAAAACUUAUCAGACAACAAAGAGAACGUUCUGAGAGGAAUAAACAAGCUGUAGUUGAUGCUUUAAUUAAUUCUGGAGGAAGUAUACAUGAUCGAUAUGCACUUCUAUGGGACCAACAAAUGGAGAGGAGGAAACAGUUAGCUCAGCUUGGUUCAGCUACAGGUGUAUACAAAACCCUCGUGAAGUACUUGGUUGGGGUUCCACAGGUUUUACUAGAUUUCACCCGUCAAAUAAAUGAUGAUGAUGGUCCAAUGGAAGAGCAAAGACAUCGUUAUGGACCACCUCUAUAUAACCUUACAGCGAUGGUGCUUUUUAUUCGGCUCUUUCUUUCAUUGGCUUGGGGGCGGUUCGAGGCUAGAAAGUUAAAGAGGGAAGAUGUUGGUGUCUUUGAACAGGCAGUUGAUGUCUACACUACUGAGUUUGUAAGGUUCAUCACAUUUAUUAGUGAGGUGUUCGCAAAUUCACCCUUCUUUAUCUCAGCAGAGGAAGCUGGUGCAUUGGAAGGAAGGAAAAAUGAUGAUUACAAAGAAAUAACUGUUCCAGCUGGAAAAUGUCACGAGAUUUUGCUGUCAGUAGAUGCAAUUAAUUCAUACAUCGCCUGGGAUUUCUCUGUUGUACAGGGCAAGAUAACUGUGGAUAUUGGAUUUAGUGUGGAAUAUACAAAUCCUUCUGGAGAAAAAACUCUAAUUUUACCUUAUCGACGUUAUGAAUCUGAUCAAGGUAACUUUUGCACAUGCAUGGCUGGAGAUUACAGACUGAUUUGGGACAACUCAUAUGCAAAUUUCUUUAAGAAGGCGCUGCGUUACAAAGUGGAUUGUAUACCUCCAGUUGUAGAGCCAUUACCAAGCGGAACCCAAGUUGAAGAAUGAAGGGACAUAAUUGUAGCAUUCUUAUGUUGGUGUAUUUGCGUUGGGUUUGUUAUUCAUAAUAUUACUAUUAUAAUUAUUAUUAUCUCUCGAGAGGUUGGUUCUGUUUAUGUUUAUAGGCUCCCUACUUAGUGGAGAUUUAACAAUUCGUUGGUUCAGAAUGUAUAUUGUUUAAACCUGGAAAAUCAGCAAAAUCGAUUCUUAAGUUUCUAUCUCAA